CAGUCAGAAUAUUUCAUCUAAGCUUCUUACAGCUAUUAAAAUGAUGAAGUUUUCUUCUUUUCCUCUAUUUUUCCUAAUUGCUGGAGCUUACAUGACUGCACAGUGUUUCAGCAUGGAGAUUAUUGGAGGGAGAGAAGUGUUGGCACAUUCCAGGCCAUUCAUGGCCUCCAUUCAGUACCGCGGCCAACAUCUCUGUGGAGGAGUGCUGAUUCACCCACAAUGGGUGCUAUCAGCAGCCCACUGCCGCCCUCGGCAUGAAAAAGUCCAGUUUUUCAAAGUGAUUUUAGGAGCACACUCUCUCUCAAAGAAUGAAGCCUCCAAACAAACAUUUGAGGUUGAAAAAUUCAUACCAUUCUCAAGAUUAAUAUCACAUCAUAAGUCAAAUGACAUUAUGCUGAUUAAGCUUCACACGGCUGCAACGCUUGACAAAUAUGUCCAGCUGCUCCACCCAAGCUCCAAAAAUGAUAUCAGAGCUGGAACAAAAUGCCAGGUUACUGGCUGGGGAGCCACCGACCCACAAUGUUUAAGGAUCUCUGAUACCCUUCGCGAAGUCACUGUUACUGUCAUAAAUCGAAAACUUUGCAACAGCCCAAGUUAUUACAACCACAACCCUAUUAUAACUGCAGACAUGGUAUGUGCAGGAGACACCAGAGGCCAGAAGGAUUCCUGCCAGGGUGACUCAGGUGGCCCUUUGGUUUGCAAAGGUGCCUUCUAUGCUUUAGUCUCUGCAGGUCGUGAAUGUGGUGAUGCCAAAAAGCCUGGAAUCUACACCCUAAUAACCCAGAAAUACCAGGCUUGGAUUAAAAGCAAGCUUGAGCCACCUCAUGCAGACUAUGACCACAAAUGAUUUUCUUGGAUCCACCAGUUGCUUCUUUUGUUUUCAUAAGAUGUUCUAGAGACCACCUUUGUCUUCCUAUGUAGCGGUAUGUAAAGUGGAGCACAGCUACGGUCCACUCCUAUUCCUUUAGGACUGAUUUUGUCAAGGAAUCAAGUUCUUUUUCAUAUCUGUAACUGCUGUGUUUUUACUCUGCUGAUUUCAUUCUGAA